GUUUUAUUAUUAUUAUUAUUAUUGCGGUUGUAGUCUGGACUCUUCCCAAUGUGUUGAUUAGCCUAUUUAGUGGGUGAAAAAUGUUUUUAGUGAUAUUUAUUAGAGUAUGAUUUAAUUUGAUCAAUUAAUAUGAAUGAAUGAUUGAAUGAAAUAAGUUUAUUUCGGUCAUAUAAUCAACCAUCAACCAUUCUGUGUGAUCAGUUUAACAGUACAGAUUAUACAUGUUUGACAAUCACACACAUUUACACACAAAAAUAAAAUAACAAUUACAAUGCAUUAUAUUAUUAUUUAUUUUAUCAUUUGUAUUUAUUAAAAGUAUGGAUGUAUUAUUUCAAAAUGUAAUGCAUUUUAAUUUUUCAACUAUAUAUAAAAAAAGACUCGGUUUAUUUUCCAAUAUAUUAUUUUGAAAUGAUUUGGAGAAAGAAAACAGUACCAUAUUAUUAAACACAUUAUUAUAACAAAUACAGUAUUUGUUCACUUGUUUUCAUUAUAUAUUUUUAUUUUAAUAUUAUCAUUUGUUUUAAAAAAUACAAAGUUCCUGUUAUGAUUAUUGUUAAACGUAUUAUUAUUAUGACAUACUGUAAUUGUUAUCUUAUGUUUGAUUAUAUUUGUAUUAUUCUUGUAUUUAUUUAUUUGAAAUAUACACUGUAUCGUCAUUAUUAAAAACAUGAGGAGGAACAUAAAGAAGAACACAAGAUGGAAUAUAAAGAGGAACAUGCGGAAGAACAUGAAGAGGAACAUAAGAGGGAACAUGAAGAGGAACAUAAGAAGGAUUAUAAUGAGGAACAUGAGGAGGAACAUAAAUAGGACCCUAAGAAUAAAUAUAAAGAGAAACAUAAAGAGGACCAUAAGAAGGAUUGUAAAGAGGACCUUAAAGAGGAACAUAAGAAGGAACAUAAAGAGGACCAUAAGAAGGAACAUAAAGAGGAACAUAAGAAGGAACAUAAAGAGGAACAUAAGAAGGAACAUAAAGAGGAACAUAAGAAGGAACAUAAAGAGGAACAUAAGAAGGAACAUAAAUAGGAACAUGAGGAGGAACAUAAGAAGGAACAUAAAGAGGACAUUAAGAAGGAACAUAAAGAGGAACAUAAGAAGGAACAUAAGAAGGAACAUAAAGAGGAACAUAAGAAGGAACAUAAAUAGGAACAUGAGUAGGAACAUAAGAAGGAACAUAAAGAGGACAUUAAGAAGGAACAUAAAGAGGAACAUGAGGAGGAACAUAAGAAGGAACAUAAAGUGGAACAUAAGAAAGAACAUAAAUAGGAACAUGAGGAGGAACAUAAGAAGGAACAUAAAAAGGACCAUAAGAAGGAACAUAAAGAGGACCAUAAGAAGGAACAUAAGAAGGAACAUAAAGAGGAACAUAAGAAGGAACAUAAAUAGGAACAUGAGGAGGAACAUAAGAAGGAACAUAAAAGGACCAUAAGAAGGAACAUAAAGAGGACCAUAAGAAGGAAUAUAAAUAUGAACACAAGAAGGAACAUAAAGAGGACCAUAAGAAGGAAUAUAAAUAUAAACACAAAAAGGAACAUAAAGAGGACCAUAAGAAGGAACAUAGAGAUGGGCAUAAGAAGGAAUAUAAAGAGGACAUAAAGAGGAACAUAAGAAGGAACAUGAAGAGGAACAUAAGGAGGAACAUGAGGAGGAAUAUAAAGAGGAACAUAAGAAGGAUUAUAAAGAGGAACAUGAAGAGGAAUAUAAAGAUGAACAUAAAGAGGAAUAUAAAGAGGAACAUAAGAAGGAAUAUAAAGAGGAACAUGAGGAUGAACAUAAAGAGGAAUAUAAAGAGGAACAUAAGAAGGAACAUAAGAAGGAAUAUAAAGAGGAACAUAAGAAGGAAUAUAAAGAGGAACAUAAAGAAGAACAUAAGAAGGAAUAUAAGGAGGAACAUAAGGAGGAACAUAAGAAGGAAUAUAAAGAGGAACAUAAAGAGGAACAUAAGGAACUUAAAGAGGAACAUAAAGAGGAUCAUAAGACAGAACAACAAGAGGAACAUAAGAAGGAACAUAAAGAAGAACAUAAGAAGGAAUAUAAAGAGGAACAUAAGAAGGAACAUAAAGAGGAACAUAAAGAAGAACAUAAGAAGGAAUAUAAAGAGGAACAUAAGACGGAACAAAGAGGAACAUAAAGAGGAACACAAGAAGGAAUAUAAAGAGGAACAUAAGAAGGAAUAUAAAGAGGAACAUAAGAAGGAAUAUAAAGAGGAACAUAAGAAGGAACAUAAAGAAGAACAUAAGAAGGAACAUAAAGAAGAACAUAAAGAGGAACAUAAAAAAGAACAUAAGAAGGAAUAUAAAGAGGAACAUAAGAAGGAACAUAAAGAGGAAAAUAAAGAAGAACACAAAGAGGAACAUGAGAAGGAACAUAAAGAGGAACAUAAGAAGGAACAUAAGAAGGAACAUAAAGAGGAACAUAAAGAAGAACACAAAGAGGAACAUAAAGAAGAACAUAAGAAGGAACAUAAAGAGAAACAUAAGAAGGAACAUAAGAAGGAACAUAAAGAGGAACAUAAAGAAGAACACAAAGAGGAACAUAAAGAAGAACAUAAGAAGGAACAUAAAGAGAAACAUAAGAAGGAACAUAAGAAGGAACAUAACAAGGAACAUAAAGAGGAACAUAAAGAAGAACAUAAAGAGGAACAUAAAGAAGAACACAAAGAGGAACAUAAGAAGGAACAUAAAGGGGAACAUAAAGAAGAACACAAAGAGGAACAUAAGAAGGAACAUAAAGAGGAAGAUAAGAAGGAACAUAAAAAGGAACAUAAGAAGGAAUAUAAAGAGGAACAUAAAGAAGAACAUAAAGAGGAACAUAAAGAAGAACAUAAAGAGGAACAUAAGAAGGAACAUAAAGAGGAACAUAAGGUCCGACAUGAGGGGAACCAUUUGAGAGGUGAGGACGGAGGACAAGGUAGCACGUUAGUGUGUCUCAUAGGAGUCCGCCAAUUAGGACACUUUAUUCUAUAAAUACUUCCUACUUCCUAAGUGGGUCAAACUUUCCUCUCCUACUUCCUUCUUAUGAUCCCUCACCUCCUUUCUCCAACUCUGCUAGCGGACAGACGGCGGCCCGAGUGCCGAAGCGAUACGUGAAGGAGGGCCGCCUAUCAAUACUUUGUCUUCAGUUACCACUGCAACGUGUGUACUUCCUACACCUCCACUAUUAACACGCCUCUAAAGUUAAGUUAAGGCUGAAAUCCUUAAAUGUGGAAAAAAACAUUUUUGGACUUGUAAUGAUGGGGAGUGCAUGAGAAAGUGGAAAGAAAAAUGUAAGCUCUCUAUUUGACCACUUGCUCAUUUAUGAACAUGGGUAUUUACAACACAGCAGCAACACAACCAAUGUUGUAACAGCACUGAGGAGAAAACUUCUGAGUCAGCAUUCAUGAGUUUGUAGACAAUAAGCAACACAACCAAUGUUGUAACAGCACUGAGGAACACACUGCUGAAUCAGCAUUCAUGAGUUUGUAGACAAUAAGCAACAC